AUGACGUUGAAUAACCCAUCUGGUCUGAGCUCUACUGCAGACAUAGCUGUAUGCACUUACCUGGUAGUGAUGUGUAUACUGUCACUGUUCGGCAAUGUAACUGUUUUAGCUGUAAAAGUGAAAAACAGAAAACAACUAAAGACGCAUGACUAUUUUAUUAUUAACAUCGCCGUCGCUGAUAUUGGUGCCGUUACAACUGGUUAUGUGUUGGCAGCGGUUUCAGCCCGUAAUCAUAUGUGGUAUUUCGGUUCCACUGGAUGCUCGUUGGUUGGAUUUUCUGGUUGGUUCUUCAACUGUGUCAGCAUGAUAACACUGUCCGUCAUCGCAAUCGUGCGUUAUUCAAUUGUUGUCGGUAACCAAGGUACGUCCAUCAAAAAGAAUACGAUACUUAUCAUCAUCGCCAUGAUAUGGCUUUAUUCUGCAUUUUGGUCUGUUGCGCCUCUAGUAGGAUGGGACAGGUAUGCCCUGGAACCACAUCUGACAUCAUGCACGAUAGAUUGGACAAGUACUCAGAAGGCUGAUAUCGCAUACAUUGUCUGUAUAUUCGUGUGGUGCUUUGCAUUUUGCUUGGUAUCAAUCGUAUACAGCUAUGGUGGAAUUAUCUUAACAGUCAGACAGAUACAACAGAACUUAUUCUCAGAUAGUCGAAAAUCCGAAAUGAACAAGCAAAGGAAAACAACUAAGAUGUUCGCAAUUACCACAAUAUGUUACCUUGUUUCCUGGACUCCAUAUGCUGUUAUGUCGUUAAUUUCAGUAAUACAAGGUAGUGCAGCUGGCAUUCCAAUAGCAUUGACCACGUUACCAACUUUGUUUGCAAAGUUUUCAUGCGUGUACAACCCAGUGGUAUAUUAUAUCACAGACGAGACGUUUCGAAAAUCAACAAGCCAAAUGUUUGGUGGUAUUCGCUCACUGUUUUGUGGAAAUCGAGUGACACCGGAUGUGGUAGUAUAA